AUGGAGGGAUAUGAUUCUAGGAAGCCUCCAAGUGUCCGAGUGACCGUUCUAGAAGAUCCAAACAGCAGCCUUCAAGAACUUUUCAAUCCUGCCUCUCAGAGGCAACAGGUUCCUUUACAUCAACGUAAUCUACCAAAAUCUUUUUUCGUCCCACCUGGAGAUGUGAAUGACAAUUCUCGACUUUCCAAACUUAACUCUGUACACAGCAAUGAAAGAAACGCCGCAGAUUUUGUGGUGUUCCAUAGUAAAGCAAAUUCAUCUCCAGCCUGUUUGGAUGCUGCACUUAGAACGUCUGUUUCAGCAAAUGUUCCUAAUCACAGCCAUCAAAAAAGUCUUGAUGUUGCUUCCAAAUACAAGACGGACCUUAGUCCAGAGUUUGCUUUUUCUGGUUCGUGCAGCCCGGGAUUUUUCCAGGGACAAAGAAACUCACAACAAACUGCACUACUUUAUGGACCCACCAUGACGUUUGCUAUAAGCGAGCUUCCCGUUGGAUAUGAUAUGGCGAUUAAUGAAAGUAAUCAAGUAUAUUUUCUAAAUCACCAAACACAAGAAACCACAUGGUUUGAUCCUAGAAUACCAGAAAAGUUCCAGAAGUGGGGUAUGACUCCAGAAGAACUAGAGCAAGUGCACUUACGCUACGCUAAGCAAUUUUUAUGUACAAUCCCGUCUUCGAACUUGAAUGUAUGUGUUCAACAGGUUGAUCGAAUAUCACCGUCACUUGUGUCUAGUCCAACCUCCUGCGUUCCUGCAUCAUCACCAUCGGGUUUCCUUAGCAAAAAUCAAUCUGGAGUACCAUCGCCUAUGGCGUCUAUAUCUAUUUCACCGAACUCAUCAACAUCCGGACUUCCUUUGCAUAAUUUACCAUUGAAUUCGUCUUCUACUUGUACAAAUGUUCAAAAUCGUCUAAGAUCAACUACUGCUGUAAAUAAUAAUAACAGUAAUAAUAAUAACAAUGGUAAUACUAGCAACAAUAAUCAAAAUAUUGCAGCUACUCAUCGUUCUCAUCCAAAUCAAUUGCCUUAUCCUCAUCAUCAACAUUCACAUCAAGUAAAUGAACAAUUACAAACAUCCGGUGGUAUUCAACAUCAACGACAACAUUCACAAGGUCUCCCUGUACAAUCUCAGCCAACAAGUCAAUCGCUUGUAACGCAUUUUCGCUCUUGUAGUCAACCAGUUUCCAUGUCCAGUGGUCGAGAUUGUGGUUCCAAUACAGGUAUAAUACUAAGUUCAAACUCAUCGAGUGUAUCUACAGCUACAACAACAGUAACAGGAACUUUGGGUCAGACUCAACUUCGAAUUCCUGGAAGUUUAGGUGGAAUUCUAUCAUCAAGUUCCUCACUUACAGGUCUGUGCGGUUCGAAUGUAAAUACUGGUCAACAAGGGUGCGUUACCGGUUCCAUUAGUACAUCAUCUGGACAAUUGGUCCAAGGUCUUGAAUGCUUACGAUUGAAUGCAUCAGUUACUUCUACAAGUGCAUUAAAUAACUCCAAUCAUGUACUACUUGAUCAACAACAAAUUCCCAAAACACAACGAGUUCAACAACCCCAAUUCAUUCUGUCAGCUAACUCUGGUAUAGUUUAUGGAUCAAAUAUAAAUACGGCUGCAGCACGACUUGUUGGUACAGUGUUACCUACUACUCCCCAACCUGGUAAUCAACAUUCACAUCAAAGCAGUAUGGACAGUGGAGUGGGUCAAUCUCUAACAGGUCAAUCAAACCCUAGUGCUAAUCAAACUCCUGAGCAUACUGUUAUGCUAUUUUGUGAUCCAAGUAUUGGUGCUUGUGGUGCAGAACAUAUGGAAGGAAUCGCUUAUCCGAAUGAAGAACUCAUUUGUACAGGAUUUAACGAUUUCGACAAUAUUGAUAUUUCAGAUAUGAGUACUUAGUGUACUCAUUAGAUUUUUUUCUGGUUCCUUCAAAUGUUCAAUCAUCAAAUGAUCGAC